CUACAACACCCACAACCACCUGUUCGUUGACUUGUUACCAAACAAAACAUCUCGAGCCUCGACUGGAGUAAAAUUGGCGUUUAAAUUAAAACUUUUAGUCUACGUAGGGCCGAGUUUCACAAUGAUUAUACUAUAAAACGUCUGCAGGGUGAAAAACAGAUUAUUUGAUCGUUACUUAAAAAUGUGCAAAUUGUGAUACCACCAACAAUGAAACUGGACUAUACAGAAAUGGUUGCAGCAAUUGCUAUAGCAAUAUUAUCCAUAAUAUUCAUUUGCGCCUUUCUCGUAUUGAUCGUAAUAUGUAAAAGACAGCGACUGUAUUACAAAUCGACGAGCUGCGACGGAGAGGAAUCCAUCAUGAGUCGGCCGGAAGUUAUGCUAAUAGAACCUGAUAAGUUCGAAUCCGAGUUAGGCGAGGUCACCCUCAUUCCUAAUCUAGAAGAGAUUCUCGCCGAUGAGCAAUGGAUUUACGACGCUACCGGACUGAUACCUCACUGCAUAGAGGUACUGAAAAUUUGUCGAUCUCUAACCGAACGCCUUACUGCUUUGGCAAUUGGCCCAAUGCGUACGAGUAACAUCGGGUUAAUGAGAAUUGUUGAGAGCGCUAGAAAGAUUUCGUGUAGGGUAGAUGAUAUGGUACGAAGCAUGUGUCCGCCAUUAGACCCGCGUUUAUUAGAAGCGAGGGCGGCGGCAUUAACGCUUGCAGUAACUCAAUUGACAAUUAUUACCAGAUAUGAAUGUGAUAAAAAUGAUAAGCUUCUCACCUGGAUUGAUAAGUGUUUGUCAGAAAUGGAUCAGCAUACUUUGGCGUUACGUGAGGCUGCAUUAAUGCAAGAAGCCAGCAGCAAAUUGCAAACCACUAGUUGAAA